AUGUCCAGAGCGAAAGGUAGGACCAUUUUUAUUUUGUUUCUCUUGAUUUUAGGCAAGAAUAAGGGGGUAGGAAGGUAUAUCAGCAUGAAUCGGCGCAAGAUUUUAUCAAUUUUCUCGGUUUUUUGAGCUCAAGACAUCAGAUGUCAAGUGCAAUAUAAACAUCGUUAAAAAUGGAUUCUAAAUUGCAUGUGUUUCAGAUAUCUUCAUUGUCAGUGCCAAGAGAACGGCUUUUGGAACAUUCGGCGGAAAGCUGAAGGGUAAAAAUGCCACGGAACUCGCUGAAAUCGCCGCUCGAGGAGCUCUGAACGCCGCUUCAAUCGACCCACAGCACAUUGAUCACGUUAUUAUUGGUGAGUUGAGCUGUCGAAAUAGCUUCGAUAUGAAUCUUUCUUAAAUUUAAGAAAAGAAAUUUGAGGUUUUAUUGGAAUUUCGGCGAAAAUUUUAGAUUUUUUCCCAGCUAGCACCUAAAAUAAGGUAUUUUUUAAAAUUUUGUUCAAAAUAUUGAUGUGAGAGAAGUGUAAAUGGUUUAGAAAGCCAGGAAAUUUAUGGUAAACGUUAUAGGAAAUGUUAUGCAGUCGUCAAAAUGCGCCGCCUACCUGUCCCGGCAUGUUCUCCUUCGAGUUGGUAUCCCAAUCGAAAAACCCGCCGUUACUAUCAACAGACUGUGUGGAUCCGGCUUCGAAGCCAUCACGCAAGCUGCUCAGGUAUGUCUUCUAUCUUAUUAAAGUGUAAAACCGGAUGUUAAAAAGUUUUUGACUUUAGCUUUGACCGAUAUUACUUUAGGUGGAGUAAUAUCAAAAAAGUUGGAUUUUUUGUGAUUUUGGUUAAGUUAUGGAGGUGUAGAGGUAGACAGAUGUAUGAAACGGUAGAAUGCAUAAGUUUGACAGUUUAUUUUCAGCAAAUCCUCGCCGGAGACUCGGAAGUUGUACUUGCCGGAGGUACCGAAAACAUGAGUCAGGGUCCAUACGUUGUCCGCCAGGGUCGUUUUGGCAUCCCGCUGGGUGCAAAUGUGGAGGUAAGAGGGGUUUAAAAUAUUACUGAAGCUUUUCUUGCCCUUAUUUUCUUCAUGAAUACCACUUUUUGUGAGGAAUUGAUCCUUUUCACCGUAUUUUACAAAUAAAUUACUGAUGGUUUCAGUUCGAAGACGUCUUAUGGGCCGCUCUCACCGAUCAGUACACCAAAAUUCCGAUGGGACUGACGGCAGAAAAGUUGGGCGCAAAAUACGGAGUAACGAGACAAGAGGUUGAUACCUUCGCCCUGGGCUCGCAGACUCGAUGGAAGCUCGGUAAGUGACGUUUGUGAGCUCUAAAGAGUUUUUUUGGUUGAAAGGAAAGUCAAGAUUUUUGUUUUGGUCAAGCGGGAGUCGAACUUGGGCCAAUUUUUUUCUGGGAUGGCAGAAAUUUUUGCCACUGCACUAUUGAGGUACAUCUCUUGAUUAUGUCAAAAAACGAGAAAAAAAUUAAUUUGACGGAAAAUUUGGGUAUUUUGAGACCGAUCUUGGAAAAGUUUAGAGCUGACUUGCCUAGUGUACUAUAAAUUUUUUUUUCGGUUUUUCGCGAUUUUUUGUUGAUAAUCGUUCUCGGUUAUAGCCAACAACGCCGGAUACUUCAAAGCCGAGAUUGAGCCGCUCAAACUGAAGACCAGAAAAGGAGAGGAAACCUUCGAAGUUGAUGAACAUCCCAGGGAAACCACUGCCGAAUCUCUGGCCAAACUCCCCCCAGUAUUCCAAAAAGACGGCCUCGUCACUGCUGGAAAUGCCUCGGGAAUCUCGGACGGAGCCGCCGCAGCCGUUGUGGCCAGCGCCGAAGCCGUUCAGAAGUACAAACUGCAGCCCUUGGCCCGUUUGGUCGACUGGAGAGCGGUCGGAUGCGACCCGACCAUCAUGGGCAUCGGACCGGUCGGAGCGGUGGAGUGGAUCCUCAAGAAGCACAAAUUGACCUUUGACAAUAUCGACUUGGUUGAGGUAGGAUUUAGCGCAGUUUUGAGAAAUAUUUUUUUUUUGAUGGGAGGGUUGGUCAAGGAGAAUAUAAAAUUUGAUCGAAAAAGCAUGAUUUUUUGAUUAAUUCAGAAUUCUUUUUGAUUGAUAUUGAUGGAAAAACGUAUAUCCAUCUUUUUCGAUUCGUAUUUUACCAAAAUUUUUAUUUCGAAAAAUUUCUUUUGUUGACGAUUUUUUAAUUUUUAGGUCAAUGAAGCCUUUGCCGCCCAAGUUUUAUCAGUCCAAAAGGCCCUCAAGAUCCCUAAUGAGAAGUUGAACGUGAACGGAGGAGCUAUUGCCCUUGGCCAUCCUCUGGGAGCCUCUGGAGCCAGAAUUACCGCCCAUUUGUGCCAUGAAUUACAUCGCCGCAACGGCAAAUACGCCAUCGGAUCGGCUUGUAUUGGCGGCGGCCAAGGAAUCGCCGUCCUCCUGGAGAAGGUCUAA